UAUGCUGAGUGAGCGCUCAGAGAGCUGGCUGGAGGGCGGGAGCAGGAGGCUGAGGGAUUGAGCGCGGCGCGGGCGGUGGCUGCUGGGGAACGUUGUUGCCGCUGUGGGGGCUUCCUCUUCCCUGCUCUUUUGCGUCUCCUCUCCUCCAGUGUCUUCCCAUUUGACUGAAGGGGCGCAAUGUCCGCAGAAAUCCCCGAGGCGGCCUCGGCUGAGGAGCAAAAGGAAAUGGAAGAUAAAGUAACUAGUCCAGAGAAAGCAGAAGAAGCAAAAUUAAAAGCAAGGUAUCCUCAUCUGGGACAAAAGCCUGGAGGUUCAGAUUUCUUGAGGAAGCGACUACAGAAAGGACAAAAGUAUUUUGACUCUGGGGAUUACAACAUGGCUAAAGCAAAGAUGAAGAACAAGCAGCUUCCUACUGCAGCAGCUCCUGACAAAACAGAGGUCACUGGUGACCACAUUCCUACUCCGCAGGAUCUUCCACAGCGGAAACCAUCUCUUGUUGCUAGCAAGCUGGCUGGCUGAUUAAAAGAGCUGAACUGCAUGAA